AUUUACUUCCUGUGGUGUAUCGUUGCAGCGUUUUAUUUAUAAUGUAGGCUAAUAGGCGAUUCGACUGUAGCCGCCUGCAGCCAUCUUAAUACGCUGACUGCAUAACGUGAUUAUUUCUGAGAUUCUGAUCGUUUUCAACCGGCUUUGUGCAUACGCCAUGGUUGAAAACGUAUCAGAAUCUCAGAAAUAAUAGGCCGAUCUCACGUAACAAUGGCGCCUUCCAGGUUUCCAGUACACUGUGAGGAUUACUACUUCCUGGGAGCGCCAUUCACAGUGAAUGACAAUGGCGCAGUCUAAAAGCAAGAGUUGGUGUUGUGUGCCUCUGUGUACCAGCAACAAACAAAAACAGCCCUAUUUGAGUUUUCAUAAAAUCCCCCUCGAUGUAGACCGUAGAAGAAAAUGGAUUCAAGCCAUCAGGAGAGUGGAAGGUUCACUGUUUAAAGUCUCUAAUUGCUCAGUUGUGUGUAGUAUGCAUUUCCUUAGCAGCGACCUGUUGAAAUCGGCUAGCGGUUUUACCAGAGUUAAAGAAGACGUGGUGCCUAGUGUUUUUUCAUGGGUCUCUGACACCAUGUCUGACACAACCCAAGCCAGGAAGUCAGUUGCUUCGGACCACGAUGUACGACCAUACCCUGGUGUGGCCUCACUGGACUCAUCUAAUCCUGACUUUGGGUCCUCUGUGUUUCCACGGUUAGGUCAAAGCCUGAAGAUGGGAAGAAACCAGAGGAAAAGGCGGAUAGAUGACAUGGGUACCCCACCAAAUCAACCUGUGGCUUGGACUACGAAGCAAGCAGGUCACCUAGCUAAGCGAGCUCCCGAAGUGAAAAAAGAGGAUGUUACUGAAGUUAUCGUCGGAGAAACUGGAGAGAGGACACCUACUGCUAACGCUCCUGAGUCACCGGAGACGUUCAGCGUCGAGGGGCGCUAUGCAGCGGGAACUUGGGAACAAGCUACAGUGGAGGCCAUCAUGAGCUUGAGGUUGCUAGGCACCACAGUCACCACCACUCUGGUUGCUCAGACUAUAAUUGCAAAUCUCAAAGACGAGAACGACUUCCUUCGUGCACAUAAUGCUAACCUGCGCUCCGAAUUGAAUGCGAAGCAGUGGACACAUGAACAGGAAAUCAGUGAUCUUCAGGAGAGACUGGAGAUAUUGAAACAGAAGUGUUCAUGUGGCGCCAUGUCAGAAAAGACUGUCACCAGCUCAGAGGCAGCACUUUCAGAUGUCAUGGUUGCCGAGAUAAAGACUGAGCACCUUUCAUUAUGUUAAUGGAUUGGAAAUAGUAUUUACUAAAAACAUUACCUGUUUUAUAUCACAUUUUGUUGUCAAGCAACAACUAGGGUCCUCACUUGUGAUAUCUUAACGUAGAAUAAAAAAGUAACAUAGAAUUUAUUUAUUUUUUUCUAACACUGUGGCCUUUGUAAAGCCAUUUGAGUGUAUACACAGUUGGAUGCAUAUGGAUGACUUCUGAAGAUUUAAUUUGGUUUCCAAUACAUUCAGGUUCCUAAAAGUUUCAGUGAAGGCGUGCUUAUGUUCAGUUUAAGCAAUAAACCCCAGGAGUCUGUGUGUUCUAAUGACUUUAGAAUAGCUAAGGAGCGUUGUUAGGCAUAAGGCAAAGCAGAGCUUACGGUCACUACAUAUACCUGGCAUUUUUUCAGAAAAUAAAAACACAGCAAUGAGAUGUAAUGAUUCAUUCAUACAUAAUAGGGGUGUGACGAGCUCUUGCAAUACUACAAUGAACACUAUUUCUCAUCAAGGUAAAGAUCUGUCUCGUGGAGUAGUAUCAAAGUCCUUUUAUGCAAAGUCUCUCCACUUGGCGGCCAUAUUGUAACGCUUUUUGGGCACUUAUCGGGCAGAAAUGCGUGUGCGCAAGGCUUCACGACACUAACCUUGCUCCAGCUGUGUGAUCACAACACAUAAUGCACAAUGUAUUCACAUGUCAACCUUUUUACCGCGAAAGGGGUGGGAUAUGUGUAGAUAACUGCUGUUACAAACUAACCCCGUGCAUUUCUGUGGAGGAUUUUUUUUACUGCUGUCUUCUCAUUAGAAAGUUUCUGGUAGUAUUCAGAUCUAGCCAGCAUGACUGACGAGUCUGACAAAGUUAGCAUAGAACAGUGGUUCUCAAACUUUUGCUGUCUUUCCCCACUUUGGAAGCGUGGAAUUUUCAAGCCCCACCUGACCCCAUAACCCUGGCAAAAUAUUAUAAAUAAUAUAAUAUAAAAUAUUAGUUUCGCAUUUCGGUUCCACAUUACAUUUACCCAACUCAAUCUGCUGAAUGUAAUUUGCGGUUAUAAUUCAUUUGUCGGUCUGUU